GUGGUGGGACAUGCAAAAAAUCUCCAUGAAAGCACUAAGGCAGAGAGGGAGAAAACCACACAAUAAUAAUAAAAGACCGCCACAAUAUGAUAGGCUGACAAUGAAGGGUUAAGAAGCAGUUGAAAAACUACGACAAUACAAGAAGAUAAUCUUGAACAAGAUAUUAAAAAUUGACACUGGAUGGAGCCCCUUGGCACCGAAGGGUUAAGAACUUACAACUCAGAUCCUGAUGAAAAUGGAAAAAUUCUGCCCACUGGAGGAUGGGCCAUAGAGGAAACAUUUCCCUGUUUGUGUGUAUUCCUCUGCACUCCUAUUGUGUUCAGAUCACCUUUUUUCCCUGUCUUUUUUUACACUGGCAACAGAAGAUAUAGCAGAGAACUGUGCAGACAUCAUGAAAAUGAGUCACGUCUCUUAGCCCACCAAAUAGUGGUGCUGGGAGAUUACCUUCGAGAAAUAUGUGUUAGAGAACAAUUUCGACAGCCCUUGUUAUGUGCUAUUCAAGAAAUAGGUGAUAGGCUAUAUGAUCCAGGGUCCUUGUUACGUGCCUUUCGAAAACUAGGUGACAGAGCAGAAGAUUCACCUACAUGGUUCACCUACAUUUCACAAUUAUUCCCCCACACAAAGUACAUCAUUACUUCUGCUGUUGGCCUUUUACUCCCAAACAUUUUCACACGGAAAUAUGGGGGUCACCAUGAUGCACCAGAGAAACUUGUUAAAGCCAAGCAAACCUCAGCUGAAAACUCCCUGCCAGCCCUCUCUCACCUCCUACCACCCUCAGAUAUCUUCAGGAGCAGAAAAGACUCCAGCUGCUUGCCUCGUCCUCACAGCAAGUCCUCACUCAGUCAAAUAAACUCUGCAAACAACAAAAACUUAACCCAAGCAAAGAGCUUAUCUGACAUGUUGUUAAAAGACAGCUUUGAGGAGUUUCCACCUGAUAUCACUGUUGAUGAAAAUGAGGAAACCUACAGGUUCCACUGCUCCCGUCCAGGCCUGUACCAGUGCAGUGUGACAAGUCUGGUGUUUCACAUGGAGGGAGAAGGGGACGUGGUUUACAGGAUUGUCUCUUGGAACCGCAGACUACUGGCCCAACAUCACAAAAAGCCUGCAGGACCCCUGUUUGACAUCAAAUGUCUCCAGCAGUCUGUGUGUCAGCUUCAUCUCCCACACUGUGAGAUCCGCUCCACAGGUGGAUGUGAAUUCUUGUCAGUUGCUCAUGUGGAUGAUGAGGGCAUCGAGUUUAUUACUCCUCAUCAGAUAACAGAAACUCAUGUCAUUAUAAACAUCACAGGGUUUUCUGGUUUCGGUAAUGUCAAGGAUGAAGACUCUCCUCCUGACCCGGUCCGAGCGAUGGUGCUGCUGUUCUACAGACCCCCGACUGAUCCUGAUCCAGAAUCUGUCCUCAAUGUGUUGUUGCUACCAAAGAACGUCGUCCUGCGUGAUGUGCUGCGCACGAGGAAGAAGUUAGUUGGAGAUGAGAGGUACAUCGAGACACCUGCACACUGUAAACUGCUCCCAAAGCAGGAGUACACACUGUCCACUAGUCCUGAAGACGACUCAGUUCUAGUUCAACCAACAGAAGCAGAAUUUGAUGAGGAGUCCUACAACAACUACGUCUCAUCAUUCCAGGUGAAUUUAGAAAAAAUCAUGAAAAAUAUUAAGCUGUUUUUGAGAGGCACAAACAGCUCCCAAAGUGUCUGGGAAAGAAAAGUUUGUCUUUUGUCCACUGGAGUAAGAAGGACCUGUGGGCCGAGUGCUCUGAUCCUCCCUUCAAACGAGAGGCUGAUGGACAUACGGACCUGCUUCAUCGAUGGGAUAUCAGGACCUGUUCUCAAAAGUCUGCUGGACAAGAUGUUUGAGAAAAAGGUGAUAACUGACUCUGAGAGGGAGUCAGCGGACGAGAUGCAAAACAAAAGCGACAAGGCUCGUUUUGUCAUCGACACAGUGAGGAAGAAAGGUGAAGCUGCGAGUUCAGAGAUGAUUGAUUUUCUCUGUGAGGUCGACCCCUUCCUUUGUGAACAUCUUGGGUUGAUGUGAAACAAACUUUAAAAUUGGUACAUCACCCUGUAAUUGUCAGGAAAGAGGUCUUGGGGGGGGG